AUGACAGAUCCGCUGGAAGAGCUACAGAGCCCGCGGAAGGCGAAAGACGACUUCAUCAAGUAUAUGAAAAAUGAGGUGUUCAGAUUGAACUUUUAUCGCGCGCACAUGCUAUACUUUAUUGUCGUCAUCUUCGUCUCCUCACUGGUUGUGUAUGGUCAAGGUCGUGCCGAUGGACCGAAAGAACUGAGUAGUGCCCAUAUGACGUACACAGAUGCAUUGUUCUUAUGCUGUAGUGCUAUGACUACAACAGGCAAGCUCUGUCAUACCAAUUGGCUGUAUCCAUCAACUGACGACGAGACAGGUCUCAAUCCGGUCGAUCUCGGCCCACUAUCUGGUUACCAACAAGCCACCUUUGCCAUCCUCAUGAUGGUCGGCAACAUACCGUUUGUCUCCGCAGCCGUAGUUUUGAUCAGACGAGCUUUGUUCCGCAAGAAACUAGCAGAUGUCGUAAAGCACUCGCACACAAUGCAACGAUUAGUCCGGGAUAUUGAACAAAAUCACCAGUCAGAUCAGGCUGAAAACAACAGAAGCAGUAAUAGUAGCAACAAAGGCCUACGACAAAGGUCAACAGUAUCUCAAGACCCUCAAUCCCAAGGCAAACAAUCCCACAACCAAGACUCAUCCAAAGUGAACAUCAAACCUGCAUCUCGCCAACGCAGUUACCACUACGAAACAGGCUUCGGCUUCAUGCCCACACCCUGGGAAACGCAAUUCGCACAGAACCUCUUCCACCGCUUCAUCGACUUCUUCGCCACAGAACUAAAACCCGAACAUCACGACUACAUCUCCUUCAAACCGCACUUGGAUUCCAGGGGCCGCUUCCGUGACCUGAGCGAGGCGGAUCGCAUGGAACUCGGAGGCGUUGAGUAUCGCGCCCUACAAGCUUUACUCUUGAUUCUGGUCGGCUACCAGAUAUUCUGGUAUCUACUCGGCAUCACCUUCCUGCUCCCUUAUGCUUACAGGGAAAAUAUCAAGAACGUGCUAUACACCGCCCAGCCCGAGGGUAUCAAUCCGGGCUGGUGGGGCUUCUUUGCAACAGCCACUGAGUUUGCAAAUGGUGGUCUGAACAUAUUGAACGCAAACUUUAUCCCUUUUAGCGGAUACUCCUAUGUCUUGCUCGUCUCUGCGACUGUCGCUUUUGCAGGCCAAACGCAGUUUCCGAUUUUUCUUCGCGCGACGAUUUGGGGGUUGAAGAAGAUGGCGCCCAGGCAGUCGCGGUUCAGGAGUACCAUGGAUUUUCUGUUACAGCAUCCACGGCGGUGCUUCAUUUAUCUUUUUCCGGCUCGCGAGACGCUGUAUUUGUUCGUCACACAGUUCGUGAUUGAUGUCACUGCCUGGCUUUGCUUUGAGAUUCUCAAUAUCGGUAUGCCGGAUGUCGAGGCUCUUCCGACUGGCACACGUAUUCUGGAUGGUCUCUUCCAGGCAAGUGGACUCAGGACCAGUGGAGCGUAUAUUAUCUCCUUGAGCUCUCUUGCUCCAGCAUGUCUGGUUGCAUACCUUGUCAUCAUGUACAUUUCGAUUUAUCCAAUGACACUGACACUGAGGAAGACGAACACGUACGAAGAACGAUCAAUUGGGCUGGAAGAGAGUGAUAAUAGUGCUACUGGUGUAGCUUCACACUUGCAGAAGCAACUGGCCUACGACAUCUGGUUCCAAUUUCUCGUCUUCUUCCUAAUCUGCUGCAUCGAGAGACGUCACAUCUUAAAUGCCGAUCCCGGAUUUAGCGUCUUUUCUAUACUAUUCGAAGUCACAUCAGCAUAUGGCACCGUCGGCCUCAGCCUCGGUGUCCCGGGUAAAAACUACAGCCUCUGCGGCGACUUUGCCAGUUUGAGCAAAGUAGUGUUGCUAUUUGCAAUGCUUCGUGGUCGCCAUCGAGGUCUGCCUUUUGCAAUUGACCGAAGUAUAUUAUUACCUGGCGAAGAGCUCAUGCACCGCAUGGACCAGGAGUACAAUGCCAAAGGUACCGAGGACCCGCGACAGGAAGCUGAGCUGAGAAGGGAUAUUGAGAGGAGCGGUGUGAAGACGCUGGACAACAAUGGAAAGGGGGAGCAAGACCCUGAGCAUAGGAGACGCUCGCAACCGAAUAACCAUACUGCUUGCGAGUCGUCGUCGGCGACGGUACAGGCAGAGUCAGAUCCUUGA